UAUUAAAUUAUAUAUCAUUUUUGCUAAAACAAUUAUGCUACAAAUAGAAAAAAACAAAUUCGAAAGUUAAUGUGAAAUAAUGAAUACCGGCCGUUUAAUAUUAAGAAAAUGUAUCGCAUUCGGUGGAAGCAGAAAUAUUAUAAGUAAGGCGUACAUUGCAUCAUCUCCAUAUAUAGAGAACAAACAUGAAAGAAAAUGUGCAGUACCAGCAUCAUUUAAAAGUCUAGUUAAGUCUAUGCAUCUACAACCACUGCUAAGACACCAACAUGAAUCGCUAAUGGCCACAGUGCACUUGGAGUGUAAAGCAAGUAAAAAACGUAAAAAACGUUCAGUUGGUAAAACCGAACUGUUAGCCAUGGGUUUCUAUAAUGUAACUGCAUACACUACAGCCGAGGAGUACGAUUUGGAGAGUUUAUUGGAUGCGUUACGAGAACAAAAGCUGUACGAAGCCAAAAAAUUUUUUUCCACAGACAAUUUAGGCUUAGAACAAGAUGUUCUUUACGUUACUGCCAAAUAUCAAGUAGGAGAAGAAGUGCGUGAUAUUUUCUUCUUUCGAGAGGGUUCAGUGGUUAUGUGGAAUUUUAGCGAAAUCGAAAUCAAUAAUGUACUUGCGUUUUUAAAACCAUUUGAGAAAGACCGAUAUUUGCAACCACUGAUACGUAGUGAAAGUGAAAUAAUGCCGUAUACCUAUGUGCCGUCUUCAGCUAUAGAUGUUGAAGGUGAUAUAGUCCCAACUGAAGAUGUGAUAUCUGCUUUCUUUCAGACUGGUAAAUUUUUUCUCAUCUCUAAUGCGGAUAAUUUCUUACCUAAGUACACAUUUUCCAAUGCUUUGUCUACCAGUAUUAAACUGGGAAUUUGGGAAGCCAGCCUUGAUCGUUAUAUAAAUUCUAUGGAAUUUAUAACGGAUGAUAUGAAAAAAGGGCGACGUAUACGUAUGUCGAGAGCUGAAGUCUUACGUAAAACUGGUGAACUACUGGCUCUGCGUCACGCAAUUAAUUUAUCCUCAGACCUGCUGGAUACGCCAGACUUCUAUUGGGACCGUGAACAACUCGAAAGAUUGUAUGUUCAGGUGUGUUCAUAUUUUGCCGUCUCAAGACGUACCAAGGUUAUGAACGAAAAAAUUAACCACUGUGUGGAAUUAGCUGAAUUAAUAUCUCACAAUCUCAACGAAGCCCAUAACACACGUCUAGAGUGGAUGAUCAUUAUCUUAAUUAUGAUUGAAGUAUGCUUCGAAAUCCUGCACUAUAUAGAUCGCUACUAUGGCAAGGACGUGUCAGCAUAUGAUGACAAGCAUAAUAUUGUAAUACCUGCCGCAGUACAAUAAAAAUACAUUAUACAAAAAUUUUAAAUACAAUAAAAAGUUCAGAUACAAGACAACCAUUUACUGUUAAAAUAAUCUCUUAAAGUUUAUCAUUAUUUAA